GGGCGUCCUGGCGGCGCGCGCCGGCCCCGGGGCGCAGGCAUGGUGUCCCAGGUGCUGCAGCUGCUCCGGCAGGGCGUGUGGGCCGCGCUCACGGGGGGCUGGUACCACGACCCCGAGCAGAGCACGUUCACCAAUAGCUUCCACCUCUACCUGUGGCUGUUCCUGCUGCUGCUGCCCCUGGCCAUGCAUCUGGCUUUUCCUCCAAAUGCCAUCACUGUAUUUUUUUACUGCAGUUUGGUGACUAUAUUCUUCACAGUAAUCAAAUUGGUCAGUUAUCGCCUACACCUCAUGUUUGAUAAAGGAGAACUGAUUCAGCAAACGCCCUCCAGAAAGAAAGAAAAGCCAGAUAAAGACAAAGAGGCCAACAGUAACCACAUAACUAAUCACAAAAAUCCAAGCAAUAAUGGGCAGAUAAACCAUGGCAAAAAGGAAGAGGCCAGUCGAACCCUUGCCACGCCUCCCCUCCGCUGCAGCUCCAGAGGACAGAGCAUAAACUCUCAUCACUCUUCUGGGCUCCUGGGGCUCCCGGCACAGGAAACAGUGGAAGAUCUCAAAGGUGUCAUUCUGUCGGAGGAUCAGCCCGGAGCACCAGUGCCAUCUACCUCACCUGGCAUCAGAACGGAAAGCUUACCUGUUUCUAAAGCCAAUGCGCAAGAAACCACGACCACACCGGCAAGGCCAGUGAUGCCAGUCAUGGCAGAACGGUGCAUCGGUGAUCAAGGGAAGGGACGGCCCCCUUUCCACCACAGAUCCGAGGGUGGCUUAGUGGAUAAAGAAGCCUUGAGGAAGUCACCACACCUGUCUCUGUCUCAGUACGACUUACUGGAGACCGAUGUUUCUUUCCAGCCUUGGGGGAGUGAGAAUUCAGUCCUGAUGCCAGAUCCUGGACAUCACACCCGGGGCUCCAUACGGGAGCAUAUGCAGAGCCAGGCGUCUCAGGACAGCCUGAGCAGCAGCUGCCCCCGGUGUGACACCGUUAUCGCCAAACCUGUGCGGGAUGCUGCGGCCGCUUCCCAGCAGGUAGACCGGCCCGUGAGCCAGGACGUGGACCACUCAGAUAGUGAGGUCGCCGUCACUCUGAUAGACACUUCUCAGCCUGGAGACCCGCUGAGUCUGCACGAACCCAUUAAGAUUGUCAUCACCAUGAGCAGUACCCAGAACUCCAUGACAGAUUUGGAGAGCUCGCUCCACCUGAAGGUGAUUGGCACCGAGGGAACUGGUUUAGAGUCCGAGGCACAGCCAGCUACCCCAGGGGUGGCCGGUCCUCCAAACGUGGAGCAGAUGAGAAUUCCUGUCAUCACUCUGGAGCUGUCUGAGGAUGGAGGAGGAGGCAUUGUGUGUCCUGAAGGCACUGGCGGGGACAGGACUCCAGAGAGACUGAUGGCAGAACCCCCCUCCAAUCAGUGUUCUGGCUAUGAAUCUGGGGAGGGGGGCAAUGCCACCAAGGACUGCAGUCCUUCGCCAAGAGACCACAGUGCGACAACCCCUCCACCCACAACUAAUGUGGUCUCGGACUCUCCGGGGGCGGUGGAAGGCCAGGCCACCCUCGACCCAUCAUCUUGUAGAACCGGCCAUGAAAAGAGACACGCCCGGGUCCUCAGUGUAGACAGUGGAACAGAUGUCUUGAGCAAAAGUUCCGCAGACAUCAUUACUGAUAAAGAGAAAACUAUACCAACUUCCAAAUCUGACCUAGAGGCCAAGGAAGGACAAAUGCCAAAUGAAUCCAACUUCCUGGAAUUUGUCUCCCUGUUAGAAUCAAUUAAUACUUCCAAAGGGGUGGCAUCCGACCAACGGAGUGAGCCAGCAGAGCAGACCAAAGACAGCGGGCUUCUUGGAGAUGACCGUUCCCAGGAGAAAAAGGAGGAAAUCUUGGAAAGUGAAAAGCCCAGUGGACACAGUGCUAAGCAAGGAAAAUCAGACAUACAAAGUCAAGACCACACCAGUACCAGCCCCAGGCUCACUGAGCCCACCAAGAUCCCGACCCUUUUCCAGGGCAACAGACAAAGACAGAUAAUCUACAGGGUAACUUCCCAACAAGAUAGUUCUGUGUUGCAAGUCAUCAGUGGGCCUGAAACGUCGGUGCAAGAUGAGAUGUCUGUGGAUGCUAUGCAUGUCUUCAUUGAUGAACAUGGGGAAAUUAAAUCCUGUUACUUAAAGUCUGGCAAUCAGAAAGAAGGUCCUUUCCAGCAUCACUCAUCAAAUUAUGACGGCUUCUCUCACGCUCGGGACAUACAGAUCAGCUCCUCCAGUACCACCACGUCCGAGAGUCAAGACCCUUCUUCCGGGGACCCCGCGGUCAGUGCCCUUCAACAGCAGCUGUUACUGAUGGUGGCUCGGAGGACCCAGCCAGAAACCCCACGGCACCUGAGUCAGGAUCUGGAAGACUCGUCAUGUUCUUCCACACAAGGAAAGUUUAACCGAGAGCAGUUUUACAAGUUCAUCAUUUUCCCUGGCAAGUGGAUUAAGGUCUGGUAUGAUCGCCUUACCUUGUUGGCGUUGCUUGAUCGAACUGAAGACGUCAAGGAAAACGUGCUGGCAGUUCUACUCAUCGUCCUGGUUUCCCUGCUGGGAUUUCUGACAUUGAACCAAGGCUUUUGCAAAGACAUAGGGCUCCUCCUCUUCUGCCUUGUCAUGGCCAGCUGCCAGUAUUCCCUGUUAAAGAGUGUUCAGCCCGACCCUGCCUCCCCCAUACACGGACACAACCAAAUCAUAACGUAUAGCAGACCAGUCUAUUUUUGUAUGCUGUGUGGCCUUAUUUUGCUCCUUGAUGCAGGGGCCAAAGCCAGGCACCCUCCCACUUAUAUUGUCUAUGGCCUGAAGCUCUUCUCUCCAGAGAUGCUCCGGUCAGCUAGGGACCUUUUAAUAGUAUUUUUAUAUUGCUUCCCUGCCAUUUCCCUCCUCGGACUCUUCCCACAAAUCAACACUUUCUGCAUUUAUCUUUUGGAGCAAAUCGACAUGUUGUUUUUUGGAGGUUCUGCCGUCUCGGGGAUGCUGUCGGCUGUGUACAGCGUGGCCCGGAGCGUCUUCGCUGCGGUGGUGCUGCAUGUGCUCUGCUUCAGCGCCGUCAAGGAACCCUGGAGCACACAGCACAUCCCAGCGCUCUUCUCAGCCUUCUGUGGCCUCUUGGUUGCACUCUCCUAUCAUCUGAGCAGACAGAGCAGUGACCCCUCUGUUCUCCUGUCCUUUAUUCAAUGCAGAUUGUUUCAUAAAUUUUUACAUCAAAAUCUGGAAGAGUCGGCUGAAGACCCUCUCCCCAAGAAGAUGAAGGAUUCUGUGAAGGACGUCUUGAAAUCGGAUCUGCUCAUCUGCUCGGUGGCUGCGGUCCUGUCGUUUGCAGUCAGCGCCAGCACUGUGUUCCUGUCCCUGCGACCGUUUCUCAGCAUUGUGCUGUUCGCCCUGGCCGGUGCGGUGGGAUUUUUAACCCAUUACGUGCUCCCCCAGCUCCGCAAGCACCACCCGUGGAUGUGGAUUUCACACCCUGUCCUUAAAAACAAAGAGUAUCAGCAACGGGAAGUGACAGGUGAGUCAGAUAUCCGUCGUGACAAAUGUAACGUAGCACCUUCCAUAGGUGGAAACGGACUCCCGGAGAAGUCAAGGGAUGGUAACCUGGGUCCCACCAAGUUUGUGGCUGUCUCUUUAUUCUCUUGCUUUCAGCUCGGGGACCUGCUCCACAAGUUACAGUUCAUCAUGACGUAUGUGGCUCCUUGGCAGAUGGCUUGGGGUUCUUCGUUUCACGUGUUCGCCCAGCUAUUUGCCAUCCCCCAUUCAGCCAUGCUCUUCUUCCAGACGUUUGCCACAUCCAUCUUUUCCACCCCACUGAGCCCAUUUCUCGGGAGUGUCAUUUUCAUCGCCUCGUAUGUCAGGCCAGUGAAAUUCUGGGAGAAAAACUACAAUACAAGGCGUGUGGAUAAUUCCAACACAAGGCUGGUGGUCCAGAUUGAAAAGGAUCCAGGGAAUGAUGACAACAAUCUCAAUUCCAUCUUUUACGAGCACUUGACGAGGGCCCUGCAGGAGUCCCUCUGUGGAGACCUGGUCCUCGGCCGCUGGGGGAACUACGGCUCCGGCGACUGCUUCAUUCUGGCUUCCGACUACCUCAACGCUUUUGUUCACCUGAUUGAAAUCGGCAAUGGUCUCGUCACCUUUCAGCUGCGGGGACUGGAAUUCCGAGGAACCUACUGCCAGCAGAGAGAGGUGGAGGCCAUCAUGGAAGGCGACGAGGACGACAGAGGCUGCUGCUGCUGCAGACCGGGUCACCUGCCCCACCUGUUGUCCUGCAACGCCGCCUUCCACCUCCGCUGGCUCACCUGGGAGAUCACGCGGACGCAGUACAUCCUGGAGGGCUACAGCAUCAUGGACAACAACGCGGCCACCAUGCUGCAGGUGUUUGACCUCCGAAGGAUCCUCAUCCGCUACUACAUCAAGAGUAUAAUAUAUUACAUGGUGACGUCCCCUAAACUGCUCUCCUGGAUCAAAAAUGAAUCACUUCUGAAGUCCCUGCAGCCCUUCGCCAAGUGGCAUUACAUUGAGCGUGACCUUGCAAUGUUCAACAUGAACAUUGACGAUGACUACGUUCCAUGUCUCCAGGGGAUAACGCGGGCCAGCUACUGCAACGUUUACCUGGAGUGGAUUCAGUACUGUGCACGGAAAAGGCAAGAGCCCUCGAAGAACCUGGACAGUGACGAGGACUCUCCCCUGGUGACGCUGUCCUUUGCGCUCUGCAUCCUGGGGAGGAGAGCCCUGGGAACAGCAGCACACAACAUGGCCCUCAGCCUGGAUUCUUUCCUGUACGGCCUCCACACCCUCUUCAAAGGUGACUUCAGAAUCACAGCGCGAGACGAGUGGGUGUUUGCAGACAUCGACCUGCUGCACAAAGUUGUCGCCCCGGCUCUCAGGAUGUCCCUGAAGCUGCACCAGGACCAGUUCACUUGCCCCGACGAGUAUGAAGACCCGGUGGUCCUCUACGAGGCCAUCCAGUCCUUCGAGAAGAAGGUGGUGAUCUGUCACGAGGGUGACCCGGCCUGGCGGGGAGCCGUACUGUCCAACAAGGAGGAGCUGCUGACCUUGCGGCAUGUGGUGGACGAGGGCGCGGACGAGUACAAGGUCAUCAUGCUGCACAGAAGCUUCCUGAGCUUCAAGGUGAUCAAGGUGAACAGAGAGUGCGUCCGAGGACUCUGGGCAGGGCAGCAGCAGGAGCUCAUAUUCCUCCGCAACCGCAACCCGGAGCGUGGCAGCAUCCAGAACAACAAGCAGGUCCUCCGAAACCUGAUUAAUUCCUCGUGCGACCAGCCCCUGGGGUACCCCAUGUAUGUCUCCCCGCUAACUACAUCCUAUCUAGGGACCCACAGGCAGCUGAAGAAUGUCUGGAGCGGACCCAUCACUCUGGACGGCCUCAGGGCGUGGUUCCGAACCAAGUGGCUGAGGAUGCUGAAGGAUGGCGGUGCUGGCCGCCAAGGUGCUGGCAACAUUGAGGAUGUGGACGGAGGAGGCGCCCCACCCACGGGUGGCAGCAGCGCCCCCAGUGGGGAGAGCCGGGAGAGCAGCACUGAACAGCCCCGAAAAGAUGGAACUCGCCACUGGUCACCCUGCGAAGGGCCACAGAGGACAGGCAGGAGGAAAGGCAGGAGUCGGUCCAUCCAGGCCUCCGGGGCCUUGAGCCAAACGCCACCCGUCCUGCGCUCGUCCGGCCCCCUGGUGGAGGGCCACCCGGCCUUCCUGCAGACGUCCACGUCGGUCCACGAGCUGGCCCAGAGGCUCUCGGGCAGCCGGCUGUCCCUGCACACCUCGGCCGCGUCCCUGCACUCACAGCCCCCGCCUGUCACCACCACCGGCCACCUGAGCGUCCGUGAGCGGGCCGAGGCCCUCAUCCGGUCCAGCCUGGGCUCGUCCACCAGCUCCACCCUGAGCUUCCUCUUCGGCAAGAGGAGCUUCUCAAGCGUUCUGGUCAUUUCCGGACUGUCCGCCGCAGAGGGUGGCAACACCAGUGACACCCAGUCAUCCAGCAGCGUCAACAUCACCAUGGGCCCUUCGGCCAGGGCCGCCGGCCAGCCUGCAUGGCACUUCUCUGAGCCUUGUGACCCCACUGAGGCCACCACCGAGCAGGAGCCACUUCAAGACCGCCCUCUGGCUGGGGCCGGGGCGGAGAACCUCGGGGUGAUCUGCAGAAGAGCGAGCCAGGAGGACAUGGGCCUGGACGACACCGCCUCCCAGCAGAGCGCUUCAGACGAGCAGUAGCGGAGCCGCGUGGUGGGGGAGGGGCCCCGUGGUCGGGGAGGGAUGGAAUUUCCAGUUUUCUCUUUCUAAAAAGAACGGAUGAUGCGACCCUGGAGCUGUCCUGUAGAAUCUGGGAGCUGUGCAGAAAACAAACUUUAUCUUCGGUUCUCGAAAAACAUCUCACCUGAUGCAAACAGGUCUUGACAUCAAGCCUCCUUCCUGCCAAGCACGGCCCUGGGCGCUCACGGCCCCAGAGCGGUGGGAUGCGGGGGCACAGAACACUUUCUAGUACUGGAAAAUUCAAACAAAAGCCAUGUAACAUCUUAAGACAUCUCAAGUAGAGCACAUAAAUAAGUCUUUCCCGCCCUGGGGAACUUAGACCGCUGCAUGCUGAACAACUGGCAUUUUAGGCGUUACGGUGACCGAGCCCACGCAGCACGUAUCACGCCAUCAGCUGGUCAAAUGCGCUGAUGUUCAGUCUACGUUUAGAGAAAAAUCUCACUUCUUUAUAAUAUUCAUGCAGAUGUUAAGCUUCACUGCAAGGAACGUGAUGGAGCAUGCAGUCACGUCCAAAGCAUCCUAUGGAAGAAGCCAACCGUCCCCAGCAACAUGAGUGCAGAAGUCUAGUCCACGCGGGGCGUGGAGAGCCACCUCGGAAUGAUGUGCUCACUGCAGCCAGAGCGCCUUCCUGCCGGAAGCCAGGCCCCGGCUCGCCGGGGCUCCUGUGUGCUUCCCAGGAACGCAGGCUUGUUUCCAAGCCAGGCAAUCCUUACUGUGUCGCAGGGCACACCCUUGUUUUUGGAAUUAAAAUGUUUUUAGUUA